GUAGGCAACCUUACGGGUGGGGAACACAACUGAAAAUCACCUAAUACUCUCUGUACCCAGUGGAUUAGCUUCUGGUAGGGAUUCGUGGAAGUGUUUUCAGCUCUUUGUAGGCGUGUCUGAUAGUUGGUGCGUGAAGCUUCAAGAAACCAGGAUUUCUCUUCUACAAAUAUAUUGCUAGUACCAGCAGCUAGCAGCAGUUUUUGGUUGCUGUCUUGCCAUAAUAUUUCUCUUACAAGGCAGGUUCAAGUAUAAGAAAUAUGGCACUAAUUGGACGAGGAAGCGGGUUCAGACGUGUAGGUGGCGGCUACAGACGAACUGGGGCUUACAGGAGACCACCACGUCCUCCAAGAAUUUCAUCAUGUACCCCAAGCGAAAAUGACAAUGAGGAUAGUUCUAACGAUUCAACGCAGCCUCCAAGUAUAGUUGCUGAGACAGAAGUUGGGCAUCCAAUGUUGGAUGCCCACACAAGUAGAAGUUACGAUGGUGAAGUUGUUCCGGAGCCGAUACAACCAAAUGUUGGACCAACGAGACGUGGACGAGGUCCUGCCAAAUGCAUUGAGUUUGAUAAGCUUCGAAAGCACGGGAAAAUACCACUCAAAAUUAAUGAUGGGCAAACAGCCCCAUGUUGUGAGAAUGCGAACAUGUUUACCACAAGGGUCACCUGGAUAUUAAAGCAUCAUGCGGACAUGAGUCACGCACGAUGGACUGAUGUUCCGAUGGUAGAGAAGGAUGAACUGAUGGAACGUGUUCGGGCUGACUUCAUUUUGGAUUGGGAUUUGGCCAAUCAUAGACAGACGGUGUGGAAACAGUUGCGUAAGCGAUUCAACGCUUUCCACCAUCAGCUGCACAAGAAAUAUUUGUCAUAUGGUAGCCAUGAGGAAGCAUUGGCUGGCGGGACUGGAUUGGUAUCUAAUUUAGUUUGGGUGAAGUUAUGUGGUAGAUGGGGAAGUGAGGCAUUCAAGAAAAUGUCAAAGCAAAAAAAAGAGAACCGCAACAAGCUGAAAACCAAUCACACCGCCGGGAGGAAGUCAUUUGUGAGAGUUAUGGAAGAGAAGCGUUCGACUACAGCAAACUUGGUCGAGUUCUACAAGGAAGUCCGUUGGUCUAGGAGUAAAGACAAAUUCGUGACAUCCACGACAGAAGAGCUUUAUAAGCAAAUGGUUGAGAAGAUGGAAGGUAUGGAACCUGAGCAACGUACUGAAGAGGCAGCAGCUUCUGUAUUUAGGGAGGUACUAGGCCAUAGACCAGGGUAUGCUAGAGGUCUAGGCGAGAUGGUAAUACCCACAUCCACACGACAACAAGAUCGUGAAAGGGAGAAACGUCAUGCUGAAGAAGUGGAAAGAUAUAAAAAGGAUGCUGAGUAUUACAAGACUCAGUUUGAGGAGUUAAGGGGAGAUGUUAGAGUACUUAUAGAGAGGCAACGUGAGUAUGACAAGACAUUGUACAACCUAAUGUCAGGAAUGUCACAAGGAGAGUCUCAGAGAGAGACUCAGGGAGCUGCUUAGGACAGCAAUGAAGACAAAAAAAAUUUUGUGGGGGCUUUUUGUGAGGUUUUUUGGUUGGUGUGGUGUCCAUAUGUAAAGCUGUUUUGUGGCAUCACAGAUUUUUUGGGGGGAGAAACAGGGUGUUCUUGGGCAGUCAGUUAAUGAAGUAGUUAGAAGAUAUAGUAUGUGGUUGUCUAUAUAGUUAACUGUACGUUUGGAUGCAUGAACUAGGAUCAGAAUUUUGAGAGUAGUGUGAUUUGUAUUGGGCCAUGAUCAUAUGACUGGUUAGAAGAUAUAUAUAAUCUGGUCACAUGGUAUGUGCCCUGACAGACAUAACAAUCAGGUAGAAGCAGUGCUUGCAAUGUGGUUCUGCGACAAAGAUGACACUAGAAUCUUGGUGGACUAUACAUGCAGCUCAGAUUUUGUGGAGACAAGAUUACCCAUUUAAUACUGUAAUGCAUUUGGUAUUUUUCAUUUAUAUUAAUGCCUAGCUCACUAUCAGUUUUACCUCAUAUUGCAUCACAUUGAGAGAACAUUUAACUACAUAUGAAGAUCUUUAAUUGCUACCAAUACAUUUGGGAAAUAAAAAGGGCAUAGAUGUAUGGGAAUGAAUACUAUAACCGAGUAUGGAAUGAGGCUUGUUAUGUAAGGGUUGUGUGAAGCACAAUGUGUUUCUUAUAUUGUAGAGUAAUGAAUAAUGAAAACCACUAAUAAUGAAAGCUUUAGUGGGUUAUGGCUACUUAUGGGUUGAUGAUCAGGAAAUGUGAUGCUGAAGAGGUUUAAAAUAGUUUUAUACAUCUUUUACUUGAGUCAAAUAAACCUGGGCAGUGUGUUUCUUCCAAAGGGUAGGUAUAUAGUUGAUUGAGAAAGUAUAACUUGAUUGGGUUAGGGAACAAAGGAUUCCAGUGGCUUUCCUUCUAACUGCUUGGUUGUCCUACUAGGUGGUUGUUUCUACAUGGUGCCUCUUCUAUAUUGGUUGCUACUUUUGUUGAUCAUCUUAGCUAGAGCAGAUGCCAAGAUGUUGUGUGUAAGCCUCGGAUUGACGUAGAAGAUGUAAUUCAACUAGAUGCAUGCAUGGUGGUACAAAAAAGUUUUUGCUGUGAUGGACUGCUGUUCAAGUGAAGAUUUUCCUGCCUCAGCCAGCCCCAUUGAUAUAUUAAUUUGCUAGCUACCCAGGUUUAUGUAACUUUGGAUUUAGUGGCAAACUUAGUAUUAAUAUGCUGUAUUUGGUCAGUGGCUACAAUAUGCUGGCUUACUAAAUAUUGACUGUCUGGGAAGGUAAUUUAAUGAUGGAUUUAUGACAG